AUCUACUCAUAUUCCAUCAUACUCCAAGAGAGCGGUAUCGAGAUAUGCCCUCGCCGCCGCUCUCGAUUGUCCAGAGCCUAUCGCCGCGGGUCGCCGUUCUCGCAAGUGACGAUGUCACCGACAGCUGCGCCGCCAACGGCUGCCGCGGGCUCGACGAGCUCCUGCGCCCAUGGGAGGGGGGCACGGAGCGGGUCCAGAUCAUGUCCUCGACUCUGACCCCGACGGUGCAUCCAACGUUUCCGCUGCGCUUCGUUUCUUAUGCAUCCGUGUACGGCGCGCCAGGGAGUGCGUCGCCCGCACCGGAGAUGGUCGUCGACUUGAUCUCGACAUGUGUAGGAAAACACCAGCCAGACGAGGAACAACACUACCCUGUUACACGAGCGUUAUUGCUCAACUCGCGCCCUCUGGCCCCGCACGAGACGUUCAAUCACCCCGUCGGCGUGCUGUUCGCCAUCUCUACCUCCACCCCAGAUCCGCUCAACACAUUGACAAAAAUGUACGAAAAAAUGUACGGACAGGCGGUGGGGACGGGCGCGCAAGCCGCCCCGUGGAUGGACGGCGUGCAGGUGCUCAAGUUCUUCGUGGUCGUGCACGACGUCUCCAAGAUGGGACCGGAUCUCGAGGCGGCGCAAGAGCUGCUGGCACAGGUGAAGAAAGCAUAUGGGCCGCACUCGACAUUGCUGGUUGUUAACUCGCGCACGAUUACUGGCAGCACGCCGCCCCUCGAGUCGCCAGACUUGACGGCGCAUGCUGGGACGGCGCCGCUGGAUCUCGCGGCAGCCGAGGACCCGUGCGCCCUCUCGCAGCUGUACGCGUCGACCAUGUCGUCGCUUACUCUCUCGCCGAUGGCGGCUGCAGCGCACGAGGCCGGCGUCGACCAACGGAAAGCAAAGCGCUACGCGGCCAAACUGACGCCGGACGACGUGCAAGCGCUCAUCGCGCUUGUGCGCGAGCUCGUCGUACAGUCGCUUGUGCCGUGGAUGGAGGCGCGCGUCCGCGAGUGGAACGAGGCGUACCAGACAAAUCGGCGCGGCAUCACUGGUCGCCUCUUCGGCGCGGGGCGCAAGCUGUUCGGCUCGCGACCAGCGUCACCAGCCCCGUCUAAUACGCACCAGGGCUACAACGCCGUCAAGGGAUACUACGCGGCGUCGUCGAUUGAGGCUCUCUCCCGCCGACUGGGUGACUUCGCAUUCAUGCUUCGCGACUACAGAUACGCCAGUACCGUGUACGACAGCCUGCGCAAGGACUACGCUCAGGACCGCGCGUGGCGGUAUGCAGCCGCAGCGACCGAGAUGUACGGUCUCGCGCAGCUGCUCGGCCAGGCGUACUUCAUGCCGAACACCCCACCAAGCACACGCGUCAACAUUACGACGAUGCAGCACACCGAGAUCAGCUCGUGGCUGGAGCAGGCCGUCGCGACGUACCAGUCCAGAGGCGGUGCGGGGCAGGUGCAGCUCGAUGCGCUGCGCAUCACUGUGCUAUACUACGAGGCGUGGAAGGCUAUCAACGAAUGGCGCGGCGUCGGAGCCGCGCUGGUCCGCGCCGCGGGCGAAGCCGACGAGGUGCCAUGCGCCGUGGUCGUUGAGGAAGCAGCAGCGACGGAUGUGCGCGGCGGCAAGCGCCAUCGCGGGAGGCGGCGGCAGGCCUUCCACCUCGUCAUGGCUGCGCGGCGGUACGAGAAGGCUGGCUUGAAGCAGUACUCGCGUCGGUGUCUGGAGCAGGCGGCCGCGCUGCUGCGCGACGCCAAGUGGGGCGCGGUGCGUGACCGUGUCGAACACUCACUGGGGCGACAGGCGUAUACGCUUGGCGAGAGCGACGUCGCGGUCGAGCACUUUCUCAAGUUGCUUACGCGCGACGACCUCGCAGCACAAGGGACGCAGGGGAUGGUACUCGAGGAUCUGGCGCAAGCGUAUGAGCAGCUCUCGCUGAAUUCUGAGCAGCUUGCCAAGGCCGGCGAGCUGCAUCUCCCGACGCCGGUGUUUGAUGUUAAGAAGACGCGCAUAGUGCUUGCGGCGGAGGGCAGCGGGGCUGGCAGCAAGGACGCAUGGGCGGCGCUGGACGCGCGCGUCUUGGCCCACUGGGACCGGAAGGGGAAGAAGCCGGCAUCGGUGCUGCCGGACGCGAAGCGGAUCGUGACGGCCGUCGGGGAGGAGUUCACCGUCGAGCUCGUCGCGACGAACCCGCUCAAUGCGCCGAUUGUUCUCGCCAACCUCACGCUUGACUUGGACGGCGAGGGGGAGGCGAGCACGCGCGAAGAGGUGACGCUCGACCCCUACGAGAGCCGCCAAAUCGCGCUGACCGUUACGCCCAAGGCGCCGGGCACGCUCACUGUCAAGAGCGCGCGGUUCGUCUUCCACCGUUUCUUGCCGACGACGCAGAGCCUCGAGCGCCGCGGGCGCAGAUUGCACACGACCAAGGCGCAGCGCAUCACGCCAACGUAUGCGGCCGACACGUCCCUCACCGUCCACGUGGAGAGCAGCGCGCCGCACGUGGCGGCACACAUCAUCGGCGUGCCGGACGCGGUGUUUGCUGGUGAGGUGGUAGACGCCGAGCUGCGGCUGCGCAACUCGGGCGCGCUGCCUGUCGAAGACGUGCAGCUCCUCACCUCGCAUUAUGGGGUCAUAUCGCUUUCUGACACGGCGAUUCCGAGUCCUGUGCCUAAUGCGAUCUCCCCGAACCGGCCAUUCAGCGUCCACGCCGGGACGAUCAAGCCCGGGCAGGACGUCGCUAUCCCAAUUCGCUUCUCAUAUCCCACACCAGGGCGCCUCGAGCUGCUCGCCCUAGCGACCUUUUCCACGCCGGACGGGACAGCAGGCGCGGCGAAGAUUGCGCAUACGGCGGACAUCCGCCGUGUUGUCUCGAUCGCCUCGGAGGUCCGGCCGGCGAAGGAUGGGUGGUUUGUCUCUCUCGAGGUCGCGAGCCACGCCGACGUCCCGCUGCAGGUCGAGCCGCCAGUAGCCGUGAGCGAAUACUUUGCCGCUUCCGUCCGAGGCGGCGGGGCGACGCUCUACCCAAACCAGAGCGUGCGCGUCGUGCUAUCCGUGACGCCAAAACCAUACUCAGGUGAUCUGGCCCAGGCAGGCCUGGUCCAGAACCUGGGUCAUCUAUUGCGCGGCGACAACCUCAGCCCCAUUUACCCAGCCACAGUCAAGUUGGCCGUGCCACCCGGCUAUCUGGCCUCGCGCAGGGCGCAUCGCCUAGCUUUUGCGGGCACGCACUUCCCGGCCCUACCGAUGGACAUGGUGCCCAAGCUCCUGCCGUUGUUUGACCCACUGGACUUGGACGUCGCGUUCGCAUGGACCGCCGGCGAAAGGGGCGGAAUAGCGUGCACGCACGGGAUCCGGCCCGCACCAGCGUUCUCGUUGGUGGAAGGGCUGCGGGAGGACGUCAGUCCCGCCAAACGCACGAUGUACGAAGAGACAGGGCGGCUGCGGCGCGCGCUGGCAGACAGCGUGCUCGAGGGAGUGUAUGCGGACGAAGGGGACCCGGUGCGCGUGCGCGCAAGCGUCGCAGGCGCCGAGCGCGGCCGUGUAUUGCACUCAUUUACAGACGCCCUCGUGCUCCCCAUAUCGCUUACAAUCGAGAACCGCUCCCCGCUCCUCCCGGCGCGCUGGAUCUUGCGCCUCCCUCCGCCCCGGUACCCCUCGAGCGUGUUGUACACCGGCGCACUCGAGCACCGGGGCACGCUGCCGCCCGGCGGCGCCGCGACCGUGCAGACCGGCGCUUGGGUAACCGAGCCCGGGCUGCUGCAGCUCGGCGGGUGGGAGGUGGAGCGGGAGACGGGGGAGGCUGGCGAGUCAGACGAGGGGUGGACGCCGCGCGCGUCGUGGGCUGGCGUCGGGAAUGGGCCGCUCGUCGAGGUCGUUAAAGCAUAGUAUAAUGCAUAGACUGUCUGCAG